GGGGGGCAAACACCACCCGCUUCCGCCCGCACCCGCCAUGGCGGCGCGGCGGCGCCGUGCGCAUGUGCGGGGCUCCAUGGCGAGACAAGGGGCCGAGCGCGCGCAGGGCGGCCCGGCGCGGCGAGGGCUGUGAAGGCCGAGGCUCCUCCGCGACGUCCCCGCUGAUGCCCGAGGGAGCGGAGCGAUGAAGGGGCAGCAGAAAGCAGCCGAGACGGAAGAGGGGACGGUGCAGAUCCAGGAAGGUGCAGUGGCCACCGGGGAGGACCCCACCAGCAUCGCCAUUGCCAGCAUCCAGUCGGCCACCACCUUCCCCGACCCCAACAUCAAGUAUGUCUUCCGCACAGAGAACGGCGGGACACAGCUGAUGUACCGCGUGAUCCAAGUGGCAGACGGACAGCUGGACGGACAGACGGAGGGCGCGGGCGCCAUCAGCGGUUACCCCGCCGCCCAGUCCAUGACACAGGCCGUCAUUCAGGGCGCCUUCACCAGCGAGGACGCGGUGGAGACGGAGGCGGCGGCCACCGAGACCCACUACACCUAUUUCCCCACCGCCGCCGUGGCCGACGCCGGCAGCUCCGCCAGCGCGGGGACCGCGGCCACCGCCGUCGUCACCACGCAGAGCUCGGAGGCACUUCUGGGGCAACCCACCCCCACGGGGCAAUUCUUCGUGAUGAUGUCGCCGCAGGAGGUGCUGCAGGGGGGGGCGCAAAGGUCCAUCACGCCCCGUGCGCACCCCUACUCCCCGAAAUCGGAGGCCCCACGGGCCACCCGGGACGAGAAGCGCCGGGCGCAGCACAAUGAAGUGGAGCGUCGGCGCCGGGACAAGAUCAACAACUGGAUCGUGCAGCUCUCCAAGAUCAUCCCCGACUGCUCCAUGGAGAACACCAAGUCGGGGCAGAGCAAGGGCGGCAUCCUCUCCAAAGCCUGCGACUACAUCCAGGAGCUGCGGCAGAGCAACCACCGCCUGUCCGAGGAGCUGCAGGGCCUGGACCAGCUGCAGAUGGACAACGAGGUGCUGCGGCAGCAGGUGGAGGAUCUGAAGAACAAGAACCUGAUCCUGCGGGCGCAGCUGCGCCAGCACGGCGUGGAGAUCGUCAUCAAGAACGACAGCCACUGACGGGGACAGGGGGACAGGGGGGGCCGGGGUGUGUCCCCCCCUUGCGCCGCACACCCCCCCCCCCCCCCCCGCAGCCAGCGCCACACCAGGACCCCCCCGUUUGGUUUGUGUCCCCCCCCCCUUCAACCCCUCACCCACCCUUUCCCCCCUUCCCCAACAUGGGGUGUCACUGUGUCCCCCUCGUCUCUCUCACGUGUCCCCCCCCCUCUCCGCGCUUCGUGCACACGCUCUCGGCCAGGGGGGCGGCCCCCCAGCACUGCCUCGGCCCCCCCGCCUGCGCCCCCCGACCCGCGGGGACCCCACGGGACCCCCCGACCCGCGGGGACCCCACGCAGCCCCUCGCCCUCCCAAUGGGGGUUCGGGGGUCCCGGGUGGGGGGGUGCAGCUCCCCGCUCCCCCCCCCUCGCUGCGGCUGGCCCGGCCCAGCACGGCCAGACUUUUUUUUUUUUUUUUAAAACUCUCUGAAUUUAAGAAAAAAAAAAACCAAAAAAACAAACAAAAAAAAAAGCAAAAAAAUAAAUAAAAAUAGUGAUUUGUUUUU